CAUUUUAUUUCAACAAUUUCUCUUCGCCUGCCUCAGUCUGCGUUCGUUUUCGAAACAGUCAACAUCUUUGGGUGCGCUAAUGGCUCAGGAUCCGAAACCACUUUACUUUGCCGUGGGUCCCGGCCCCAACGACAUCACGUGUCCUUAUUGCAGGACCAAGGCCAAGACCCGUGUGGUGCGAUCCUGGCUGCGUUGCUGCACCAAGAGGCAUCACUGUGGUGCCUGCGGCGAGUACCUGGGCGUUUACCGACGUCCACAACUUUAGCUGCCCAGCACCCACGAAGAUGUCAUCGAAUCAUCAUCAGAAUUAACUCCGUUUUGUACUCCUGUUUAAAUACAAUAAAAUAAAAGUUUCUAUCAAAUGUAA